AUGCUGAACUACUUACUGAUAUUAUGGCUUGCAGUCGGCGCCACGGGUCAAAUUCUUCAUUUAGACCCUGGAAGUGUCCAGGGCUUCAUACACACUACCAAGAGUGGCCCUGCUGCUGAGGUGUUCCUAAACAUACCGUACGCUGCUCCACCUGUUGGAGAGCUACGAUUUGAGAAGCCAUCUCCACCGAUACCGUGGUCAUCAAUUCGCGAUGGUACGAAAUUCGGUCACACAUGUCAUCCUCACACACAACAAGCUGCGGUCCAACCGCCACCGAGUGAGGAUUGCCUUACUCUUAAUAUCAUCAGACCCAAGAAGGAGGCUCCUAAAGAAGGUUAUCCUAUCUUGCUUUGGGUGCAUGGUGGAGGUUAUGAAAUCGGUUCGACUAGUAUAUAUGGAUUUCGUGGUUUCGCAGACAUAUAUAUUCCGCAUGACGUCAUCGUUGUUACGAUACAGUAUCGUCUCGGUGUCUAUGGAUUUUUCUCCACCGGUGACUCACGCAUUCCUGGAAAUUUAGGACUAUACGACAUGGCAGCUGCUGUGAAGUUCGUGCACGCAAACGCUCCCAAAUUUGGCGGCGAUCGAACCCGGAUUACUGCUUGGGGUCUGAGUGCAGGAGGAUCAGCAGUUGGCCAGUUAGCUCUCAGCCCAUUAACUAGAGAUUACAUUGCUGGUUCGAUCGAGAUGUCCGGCACUCCAUGGGCUUCUUGGGCAAUAGGACCAACAGUGGCGAACAACUCGUUGCAUCUUGCAAAGGCACUAGGAUGCGAAGGAAAAGGUUUGAAGGAUUGUAUGAAACACGCUACAGUUCGUGCAAUAUAUGAUGCAGUCCUCGAUGUGGAAAUGAUACAUGGAGAUUAUUUCAAAAAUCACAAAGAUGAGGCCACUAAUGAGCUCAUCGACUAUUACGUUGAUAGGGAUGAGGAAGAAGUUUACGAUUUCUACCUGGAUCGAUAUACAGAGUUCGUCAGCGACCUAUUCUUCAACGUUCCCGCUGUGGACGGGAUUUUAUCGCGUCGAAAAGCCGGCUGGAAGAUGUUUGCUUACUCUUUUGACCACUACAAUGAAGCUAUCUGGAGAUCCGACGUACCGAAAAGGUUGAGGGGCUCACCACACGUGAAUGAAUAUCCGUACAUGUUUGAUGUGUAUGUUUUGGGUGAUUUCAAAAUUGACGCGAAAGAGCAAAUCGUAGCCGAUGUGAUUCAACAGUCGUUCAUAAAUUUUGUGAAGACUGGCAUACCUACAAAUAAGCAUGUGAGCUGGGAGGACGUUGGUAAUAAUGAAAAUCUCAAAUAUUUAAGUAUAUCGCCGGAACCAAAAAUGAAGGACAAAUUUUAUAGCGGUGCAGCAAAUUUUUGGCAUAAAAUGAAAGGUUAUGGUUUUGAUUUGGUUCAGAUGUUACCAACACGCAAAAAUACAACUCAUAACCGCGACGGGAACGAAUUAUGA